AUGUCCGACAUGAAGAAGGCAAUCCAUUUUGGCGGCGGUAACAUUGGUCGUGGCUUCGUCGCCGAAUUUUUGCACAAGUCCGGAUAUGAAGUCGUCUUUGUCGAUGUCAUGGACGCCAUCAUCAAUUCUCUACAACAAACCAAGUCAUACACCGUAACAGAAGUCGGCACAUCAGAGACCAAGUCAAAGACAAUCGACAACUACCGCGCCAUCAACAGCAAGACCGACGAGGGCAAGGUCGUCGAGGAGAUUGCCACGGCCGACAUUGUCACCUGUGCCGUUGGCCCCAACAUCCUCAAGUUCAUUGCUCCCGUCAUCGCCAAGGGUAUCGAGAGCCGCCAGAAAGAUUCGCCAGUCGCUGUUAUUGCUUGCGAGAAUGCCAUCGGAGCCACCGACACCCUCCGCAAGUUCAUCGAAGAGAAGCUUUCAGACUCUACCAAGUCAAAUCUUCAGGACAAGGCUCGCUUCGCCAACAGCGCCAUUGACCGCAUUGUUCCCAUGCAGGACGAGAACGCUGGUCUGAACGUCAAGAUUGAGAAGUUCUACGAGUGGUGUGUUGAAAGCAAGCCUUUCCUUCCUUCGGAUCCCCCAGCAAUUGAGGGUGUUCACUUUGUUGAGGACCUCACCCCCUUCAUUGAGCGUAAGCUUUUCACUGUCAACACUGGUCACGCCACUGCUGCCUACUACGGAUACAACCGUGGCAAGGAGUGCAUCCACGAUGUUCUGCAAGACAAGGAGCUCAACGAGAUCGUGAGAAACACGCUCAAGGAGACGGCUCACCUGAUCGUCAACAAGCACGAGAUCACCGAGGAGGACCAGAAGGCAUACGUCGAGAAGAUCAUCAAGCGCAUCUCCAACCCCGUGCUCAAGGACAACGUCGAGCGUGUUGGUCGUGCACCUCUUCGCAAGCUGUCGCGCAACGAGCGCUUCAUCGGCCCUGCAGCUCAUCUUGCUGAGAUGGGAGCCAAGUACGAUGCUCUUCUUGGUGGCAUCGAGAUGUGUCUCCGCUUCCAGAAUGUCGAGGGCGAUGAGGAAUCAGUCGAGCUGGCCAAGAUCCUCAAGGAGAACUCGUCGAGCGAUGCUACCGAAAAGAUCACGGGUCUUGAGCGUGAGCAUGCUCUCUUCUCAGCGGUCGAGCAGGUUGUCAAGAAGGUGCAAGCUUGA